UUACCCCGGAAAUGACGCCUGUAUGACAACAGGAACCACCAAACUUUAGCCUGUUAGCCUGUAGUAGCAUAACAACCCCGAUUCGUUAGAAAUAAAGAAAAUCUCCGACGCACCUUAUUGCGAUCAUUAUCUUUAGAUUCUGGUAUGAAGCUUUAGGCACUGUGUAUAAAGCGUGUUGAGGAAUGGUCUGAUUGCAGCAGCAAACAUGCACAGCCGUUUGCAGGAGCUGAAGAAGGAAGAGGAGACUCUCCUCAAAAUCAAAGUCAUGCUACAAGACCAGCUGAACCGCCUGAAGUUUGAAGAAGGGGCCUUGAAGUCUAUUAUCAGCGCUCAAACAGAAGAAGGAGCUUCACAUGACCCCUCGCCAGAAAAUGAGGUUCAGAUUAAUCUUGACGAUGAGACCGAAAUCAAUCGAACCAAACUCUUGCUGAAUAGUGCAGAGGAUUAUGACAUGGAGGAAGAAGACGAAGAUGAUGAAGACGAGGAGAAUGAAUAUGAUGAAGAGGAUGAAGAGAAUGAGUUUGAAUUUGUGCCUGAAGCAGAUGAGGAGGAUGAUAAUUACUAAGAAUAGUGGGUUGUGUGUGUAUUUGGCCACUUAACAAGAACACCUUUUAGUUGUAUUAUUAGUUGGUAGGUUUAAUUUAUUCAGAUGGAGUAACCGUUACAUUGUAAUAGUCAGUGGUGCUAGCAGUGCCCAUUUCUAGCCUAAUUUAGAGCCACAUUUCUCCCUAUCAUUUAACUUAAAGUCUGUGAGAAAUGUGUCACUGACAUGCUAUAAGACAGUAUCAUUAGGUGCUUACUGAGUAGCUUUUUAGGCAUUUUUUUUUUUGGUGAAGUAUUCACUUGAAAAUCCAAAAUCCUGGUUGUUAUGCGUGUCAUGAAAUGUUAUGGCUGGGCCAUAAAAGAGAAUAAAAUGUAUGUGUUGUUAUAAAAGAAAUAAGAAUUAUAAGCACAAAAAUAAAUGUUUUGCUUUGUU